UCCACCCCGCAAACUCUCUCAGAGGAAGCUAGAGUGAAUCGGAAUCGGAGUCAGGAGCAAACAGGCAACAUCUCUGUCCCUUCACAGAACGGAACGGCAGCUGCUGAAACGUGUGGAGUGACCUGCCGAGCCUCCCUAUCACAAGGUAAAACUCUACAAGUAAUGCUUCAUGGAAGUCAAUGUGCAAAAUCUGCUCACUGAAGCCUAUUUGGAAAUGCGAGACCAGGGGUGCGAAAUAAUGAAUUUAGAUGAUGGUAAAGAUACCUUUGAAGAAAAGAAUGGUUUAAAAGAGAGCCUUCGUGCCUGGAAACAUGAUGCGGAGGUCCAGACAAGUCCGUUCCUCGCGCAAGACAAAGAGGAUGAACAUAUCAAGAGUUUGGUGCACAGCCCAUUGCCCAUCUUCAGAUAUUCCCCGGAUGUUGAGGUUUCCCAGAGUCCAUGCUUUCAGUUUGACAGGUUGGCCCCUGCCAGGGUCUCCUUGUCUCCGUCCCUGCGGAGGAUGAGGAGAAAGAUGAUGGCACCACCAGCUUCCCCGAGGAGUGCUGGGAGAGCUCAGAGAGUGUUGGAAAACCCUAAGGAGCUGGCCUCUGACGGUGACUCCUCUGUACCAGCCAAUUACCUACAGAUUCCACGUCCCACAACGGAGACAGCCUCUGUUGACCAGAGAGCUAUUGGUAAGGAGAUUCCUACACAACUCCAACAAGACUCUCUGCAAAGUGUAGCAGGUCUGUUACCUGAAAACCAACAAAAGGGUGACCAUGUCGGGGAUACACCGAUCAUCCCUCACACUGAUGAAGACAUUCCUCUUUGGGCAAGAAGACGGGGUGACUGCACAUUCGCUUUGUUGGAUAAUCUUCAGGAGCAGACGUCCCAAGAUGCAACACCUGAGAGGUGCACAUCUCAUCGUCGGCGCAGCUCGUUGGUUGUCUGUUUACCGGGACUCGAAAUAUUUCCUGGCGAUUUAUUAAUUUACCGUACUGUGUCUACCCCCUCGCUCAGUACAGAAUCCAAGAAGUCGAAAUGGCCCUUUGCAAAACGGGGAACGAGCAAAGUGAAACAAAAGCAAAUAUCGCAUUUGGAAAACCUUCUGGCCUCACUGGUGAUCAGGGACUGCACAGAUCAGCUUUUCCAACAGUACAAGGAUAAAAGCUGGACAUAUGUAACAAAGAUCCAGAAGUUGAAUCCCGAUACCAGGCCAGAGCAGAAGGAUAAGAAGCUGCAGGAAGCUAUGUGGGAGAUCUUCAGCAGUGAAUGCAACUAUUUCAGUGACAAGUUAUUGGUGAUGGAGCAGGUUUUCCUGAACACACUGAAACACGUACAGAGUGAAGGAUGGCUUGUAGACAUUGACCCUUGGAGACUGUUUGCGAACCUUAGCGAAUUGUCCAAGGUGAGCUUUGAUUUUCUGACCAGUCUCCUGGAUGCGGUAGAGAGCUGUUGGACAUUAUCGUCACUCCUUGCUGUAUUGUCAAAGUUUCAGGAGGGUGUGUGCUGCAGUCAUCAGAAAUAUUGCCUGAAUUAUGCUUCAGCCAAUCUCUACCUCAAUAACCUGAAGAUGAGGGAGGACUUUGGAAUCUUUCUCAAAUGGUGUGAACAGAACGAACAGUGUAAGCGACUGCACUUGUCCGAUUUGCUGGUGUCGCCCCUGCAGAGGUUGACGAGGUACCCCUUACUCCUGAGGAACCUCUGGAAGAGAAGCACGGAGACAGUGGAGAAACAGAGAAUCCAAGCGAUCAUCAAACAGGUGGACAAUUCCAUCUGUGACCUUGAAGGCAAAGUGAAGUGGUUGGACGAGAUUCAGAAAUUCCAGCAGAUUCACGAGAUGAUCGUUUGGCCUCCGAUCUGGGAAAGGAAUAAGGCGAUAUUUCUCCCUGAGAGUCUUCGGUACCUGGUCAAAGACAACAUGGCAGACGGUCUGCUGUUGCCUGUGAACAGACAGCUCUUACACGAAGGACGACUGAGUCUCGCUGGAGCGACCAAACUCCUGGAUGUGUAUCUCUUCCUGUUUGAUGAUUUGCUUUUAAUUACCCAGGUUAAAAACGCUAAAAAGAAACCUGGAGCCAUAGACACCGGGGUGAGAAGCCCAAUGCCCAAUCCCGACUUCCUGGGGAUGGGGAGAGAUGGCACUGCGUGUUCAGUAGUCGACCAGCCAAUUCCCCUUGACAGGUUGGUACUGAAGAACAUAGAUCCGUUAAACUCAGCAGGUUGUGGAUUACACAAUGUUUUUCUAGUGAUACAUCAAAACCGAUAUCAGCAAUGUAUCGGAAUCUUCACACUGCAAGCUCCGUCAGAGGCUGUUAAGAGAACAUGGCUGUUACACAUUGAAACGGCAGCAACUGGCUACCGGAAUGUUCUAGACCCACCACAGCCCUCACUGAGGAGGUUCCCGGUGAAUGAAUCGUCUGAAAUCUAACUGCCUAUAAACAUGUGUGAAACGUGCAGGGGUCCUGUUUUCAGUCUAAAAAGGUCAACAAAAAACUCAAUUGGUGCCUCAGUCUGGCCAGUGCACUUUGGAGAAAUCUACCUCCUAUAUUUGACUUAAAAAUCAUUCUUGUUUCUAAUAAAAGGUAU